UCAUGUGUGACCAUUUGCAAACGGUGAAUGAAUUAUGAUCAGAAUGUAAUACUGUGUUAUGGCACCAGUGUAUGGUAUUUUCACUUAUUAAAACCGUAUUGCAGUGGAUAGAUAGUAACAAACAGCCCGGAAAUGGUGGAAGGAAGCCUUCGUUCGUUCGAGCCAUUGGCCUACCACGUCAACAACGUUGGUGAUCUGAACACAGAAACAGUGAUCGCCCACAGGGACAAGGAUACUGACUCCAUCAAGAAACUUCUCUCCACGGGAGAGAGAACCGACUACGAUGUCUUCAUUUGCGUGAACAAGGACUGGCACGCGUUCGUGAUGUGCGUUCCAGCAAACGCCCCUACGCCUAGUAGCGACCCAUUGGGCGUCUUCAAAGACAUCCCAGAUGACCCCUUCGCUAUCCCCAGCCAGUUGUUCGUUUGGGAGACUGAGCUGUGCUUCGAGUCGGUGGAGCAGAGGAUGUACAAGAUUCACCACAAGAUGAAAUAUUUUAGUGAGAUAAAGGGACGUAUUGAGAGGACAUUCUACAUUCAUAGAUUCAAACAGUUAACAAUUCACGGAAUCCAGCUUUCAAUUCUGAGGGCUUCUCCCAGGCGCUACAAAGUCCUUCUGGAUGACUGUGUUGAGUUUGCCAAGACAAUGUGUUAUGAGCUACUCUCAUUCUGCAGUAAUGCCAGAGAAAUUGAAUCUGCAGUGGAGACACGCCUGAACGAGGCCUCCGGGUCUGGCUUGAGUGUUGAGAAGUUGUCUCGAAGGGUGAAAAGUUCUGCACGCUUGGGAAACUCGUUUCUUGGUGGUAUGGACAUGUCAACCUUUCUUGGUGGGAGAUGGGGUGUUGGGGCAUACUUGGCAGUGUUUUUUACAUUAUAUACUGUUGUGUUAUCUGCUGGUGUUUGUUACUUGGUUUUGUAUUUCAGUACGACCAGCUGUACCAAAUAG